CCGCCGUAGUCGCCGCUUUAGCGCGACCUGCGGUCGCGUUCAGUCUUCUGCGGCACCUUUCUAUGUUGGUACCCGCGAAGUGGCGUCCUGUUUUUCUGGUGUUUGUAAACGCGGCCGUCGCAGCGAAACGGACCAUGUUCAACCUCUACCAGAACAUUAACAAGAAGGAGGAGCAAGAGAAAGAACCGCAGGUGAUAGGCCACGAGAGGUUCUACCAGGAGAGGGCGUCCAGGUCGGGUUCGAAGAAGAAAAAGAGGCCGCCGCGUAGGGCGCAGAGUGCAGGAGAGUUUUCCAACUCUACCCUGUCCGCGGCCAGCAAGAGGGCGGCCUUCCGAGCUCGCAGCCAGAGUUCGGAGAAUCGGUGCGAUUGCGACGCGAAGAGUACCAACUCCCAACGGUCCGAGUCGCUAGUCAAGCUGUUUACCGGAUUUAAAAGGUUCCAUUCUGGAUGUCAGUCGCGGCGUUGCCACAUCGAUUCGUUAAUUUUCGCGCUUUAACUGUUAUCUUUUGGUUUGACGUUCUCGAUCUCGGUCAACUUGGUUUCCGGGUAUACUUGCGCCAGAAAUAUAGUGAUUUUACAACCGACCCCGCAAUUAACUGUUUAUUACAGCCAAACGGCUGCCCCUUAUAGAACACCGAGCAGACCCUAAACCGUAACUCUUCCAGGACCGUCCUAGGAAUUUAUCUAGCGGGAUAUGAGUAUGUUUUCAAUCUUUUUCGCCGAACAAUUCCUGAAACGUGUACAUAAA